ACUUUUGUUGCCGAUCGGACGCAAUUGCUUGCGGACACUCGACUGGUUGAGUUGACAUUGACUAUAACCGUCGCCGGCCGGUAGAGACACUGAGCAGUUUGUAGCCUUCGAAAGUUCGGUUUGCCUCUACCGGGGCUUCUUGCGGGUCAUGUGGGCCCUGUGGCUCGCGUCCCGGCGGCCGCUACAGUCUGCCGCCAGAACCGUCGGAACCGACCUCCCGUGCCACAAGGCGGUGUCCAUCAGCAGGCCUCGUGUGGUCCCCCUGAUGACGACGCGACGGCGCCCGCUGUACCUGAGCGCACAGACGUGCAGCGUGAAGGAGACGCUGGCACCCAGCCGGGAGGAAGUGGGCGGCUUCACCAAGCUGAUUGAGGCCAUGGGCUUCACAGGACCCCUCAAGUACAACAAAUGGAAAAUCAAGAUUGCGGCCUUGCGCAUGUACACGUGCUGCGUGGAGAGGGUCAACUACGACGACUUCUUGGACAGGUGCUUGCUGCCCGACACACUCAACUCCUGGUUCCUGGUGGCGCAGCUGCACGUGUGGAUGUGUCUGGUGCGGAUGCGUCAGGAGGGCCGGGCAGGCAAGUACAUGUGUCGCUACGUGGUCCACUCCAUGUGGGAGGACGUGGAGCAGCGCAGCAAGAUCAUGGGGAUUGACGCCAUUCAUCGUAAGGAAGCCCUCAAAGCCAUGACUGAGACCUUCUACGCCGCUUUGUUUGGAUACGACGAGGGCAUCCUGUCCGACGACAGCGUCCUUGCCGCCGCUCUGUGGAGAAAUUUGUUCAACUGUCAGUGUGAGGACUCUGCCCAGCUGGAGCUCAUGGUGGAGUAUGUGCGCAAGCAGAUGCAGUUCAUUGACUCUCUGGACGGCGAAGACUUACUUCUGACUGGAGAAGUCAAGUGGCGCCCCCUGCUGGAGGAGAAUGCUCAGAGCAUCCUGAAAGCGGCCACGCCCACAUACAAUGAUGCCGGACUGUGACUUCCUGUCUGACAGAAACAAAAGAAACAUCAACACUUGUUUGUUUUCACGCUGUAGACAAGCUUCUGUGUUUACGCCCUCGAAUUUACGGAAGUGAUGUCAUUGCUCCUAUGUCUAAUGCAGCCAACUUGUUUUGACGCCGUUGGCCUGAGGAUUUUUUUCAACGUUUUGGCUGAUGGUUUCUGAAGUGCCCAUGUGUGCGUGAGUCUAAUGAAAAAUUUCUAUCAAUCCGGCUGUGCCCUGUCUACUUCCGCAUUCUGCAAAUAUUAUGCAAUUUGUCCUCGCCAUGUGAAUGGCAAAGACAACCAUCGUAUAGCUUUGGAAACUAAACAUCGGCAAUGCCCCUCUUUUGAAUCACGUUACUGGUGUCGGUACGAAACCUCACAGGCUGGCAAAUUCCAUAUUUUUCCUCAUAUGUAUAGUAUUGCUCAGUCCAAAAGUGUUGUGUUAAGUUUGGGGGCGUCCUUCAUUCGGUUCUUUUGUCUUGAAUGCUCACUAUGCCCGAAGCCUGCAUUUACUCUCAAUUUAAGUAUUUCAGGGAUGCCAGAAAGAUUGAUGCCUCUGCUGGGUUGCAGAAGAAGGUCCAACCCCACCUCCAGGAUUACUACUCUUUAUAGUGUAAAGAGAUUCAAGAAUUUUUAUUUGCCAUGUUUGAGCGUGCCAAACAAGACAUUUGACUUCGGUACA